CCCUAUAUUGGGUAAGAGAGGCUGUUUCAAAAGCGAUUCCGCCGCGCCUGUCACUUUCACUUCGCCGCCAUCCCAGCCAUCAGAGGUGCACGAUACGCAACGAGCAGCGGUCGUGUGCAAAGACUCAACCGAGAGCUACUACAAAACAAAUGGCGAAUCCCAAACAACAGGAGAACUUGCUGCUCACAGAACACUUCUCAUGGCCUCCAAUCUCGCUACUCGACGACAUAAUAAAUGCUGUCAAUGAAGUUCUAUACCGGUGCACCGAUACCUUCGAAACAGGCCUUCUCUCCGCCGACCCCUCUCUCCUGGGUUUCGAUGCCCUCUACGCUUCGCGCUCGCCGCCGACCACACCUGAUGUAGAUGAAGACGGGAAUAACAUAUAUCCUGAGGCGAAGUUGGAGAUUGAGGAGGGCACGCUGAAGCUAGAGACUCUUAUGGAGAACGCGGUUGAUCGAAACUUCGAUCGUCUGGAGAUUUGGUGUUUGAGAAACGUGCUAUGCCUGCCGAAGGAUGAGGGGAUGGCCGACUGGGUGAGAUUGGGAGGCUACGAGAACCUACGCAUCCCUCCCAAAGACAAUACCCUCACUCCAGAGGUUCUUUAUACCCUCCGGCGCAAGCUCAUCGAAACUCAAAAACUCAACACCGCCCUCGUCGCCGAAAAAACCCGCAACGAAGCCCAAAUAGCGCGUCUCCGAGCCCUUCUCCAGCCCAAACCCACAUCAACAAAAAGUGAACCGCGCCCUUCCGCCUCUCCCGCCAAAUCACCAUCUCAAAACCGCGACCCAAGUACAGCAGCAAUAGCAGCCCCCUUUGCAUUCCUAACACACUCUCAAGCCUCCAAAGAUCUAGGCAUAAGACCCCUCCCCCCAUCCGGCCCCGUCCCAGUACCAGCAAACAUUGACACAGAUAGCGGUACUGCACAACCAACAAUACUCCCAGAAUCCCAAACUCCACUUUCGACACACACAACUUUCACUACCUCUCAACUCCCCUAUCUCCGCCAACUUCUGGACUCGCUGCGUCCACACAUCCCCGCUACGGCACUACCGUCACACAGUACGAGCGAGAAGGAUGAAUGGGCCCGCGAGCGCCGUACCUAUGUUGAAAGCCAGAGUAAGAGGGCAUUAGAAAGGCGAGGGAUCGAUACCAAGGAUGGCGUCGAAGGAGUUGUUGAAGGAGCAAGGUUAAGAAAUGAAGAGGUUAGGGGACUGGAGAAGAUUGCAGAGACGCUUGCCGGUGCUGCUGGUGGGAAGGUUGUGGUGGAAUCUGAAUCAAGGAUGGAAGUAGAUGAUGAUAUCGCUGAGAACACGGCCGCUGGUGCCGAAGCUGACGAGAUGGACGUUUCAUGA